AUGUCUGGAGAAGGUCAAGAGGAACAGUUCGACGACAAUGCUUCUCAGUUUGGUGGGCCCGGUGCUCCCACGCCGCUUGCAUCUCUAGAGGGUAAUGGUAUUUCUGCAAGAGAUAUCAAGGCUGUUGUCGAGGCGGGAUAUAAUACUGUCGAGUCAGUGGCGUACACACCCAAGAGGCAGCUUCUCACGAUCAAAGGUAUUUCAGAAGCAAAGGCAGACAAACUUAUCGCCGAAGCUUCCCGUCUUGUGCCCAUGGGCUUCACUACAGCCACAGAAAUGCACCAGCGUCGCUCUGAGCUAAUUUCAGUAACGACCGGUUCAAAACAACUUGACACGCUCUUAGCCGGAGGAAUUGAGACUGGAUCUAUCACAGAGGUGUUCGGCGAAUUCAGAACGGGGAAGUCGCAGUUAUGUCAUACCCUUGCCGUGACCUGUCAGCUACCCUUCGAUAUGGGCGGCGGAGAGGGUAAAUGUCUCUAUAUUGACACUGAGGGAACCUUUCGUCCUGUCCGCCUCCUUGCGGUUGCGAACCGUUAUGGUCUCAACGGGGAAGAGGUGUUAGAUAACGUUGCAUACGCACGUGCCUAUAACAGCGACCACCAGUUGCAGCUGCUUAACCAGGCUGCAGCAAUGAUGACUGAAACUCGAUUCUCUCUCCUUAUUGUUGAUUCUGCGACUUCGUUGUACCGCACAGACUUUGCGGGUCGUGGAGAGCUUGCGGCGAGACAAACGCAUCUUGCAAAGUUUAUGCGCACAUUACAGCGCCUGGCGGACGAGUUUGGAAUCGCUGUUGUCAUCACGAAUCAGGUUGUCGCUCAAGUGGAUGGUGGGGCUGCCAUGUUUAACCCAGAUCCCAAAAAGCCGAUAGGAGGGAACAUCAUUGCACAUGCUUCUACUACCAGAUUGUUUUUGAAGAAAGGGCGAGCAGAGACGAGAAUUUGCAAGAUUUAUGACUCCCCUUGUUUACCUGAGAGCGAGUGCAUGUUCGCUAUCAAUGAGGACGGCAUUGGCGAUCCAAACCCCAAAGAUCUUGAAAAUUAG